UUCCAUCGCAACUUCAAAAUUACCUAUUGAUCAACAAAUAACAUUUUCACACCACACCCUUAAAAAACAUUGAGUACCUGUUGAUGGAUCAACAAAUUAUGGAUGCCAUUCUCAAGGAGUUUCAACACCUUAAAAUCCAGCUGGAAGCCAUAAAAUCGGCGACAGGCAACUUUGAUAACAGCAACCUUAUCGGAAAAGGUGGAUUCGGUAAGGUGUAUGAAGGAGUAUUGUCCGACUCUUAUGGGGAAGUGAUGGUUGCUUUUAAGCGUCUAGAUCGUAACUACGGGCAAGGAGACCCAGAGUUCUGGAAAGAGAUACUAAUACUUUCCUGUUACACACAUGAAAAUCUCAUCUCUCUGUUGGGAUUUUGCAACGAGGAUGGAGAGAAAAUUCUUGUCUACGAUCGUGCAUUUCGUGGAAGCCUCGAUCGCCAUCUGAGUGCCACAAACCUCACGUGGAGGCAACGUCUGAAGAUAUGCCUUGGGGCUGCAACUGGACUGUGCUAUCUUCAUGAUCCCAAGGGGACACAACAAAGAGUUCUCCACCGUGAUAUUAAAAGCUCCAACAUCCUAUUAGAUGAGAACUGGAAUGCUAAAGUUUCUGACAUGGGACUGUCGAAACUAGGACCCGCUAAUCAGCAACACACAAUUCUUGUCUCCAAUGUUGUUGGUACCUUGGGGUACAUAGAUCCAGUGUAUAUGGAGACGGGCAUCCUAACAAAAGAGUCGGACGUGUACUCUUUUGGUGUGAUCUUGUUUGAAGUAUUGUGUGGGAGACUAUGCUUUGAAUACAAGAACGGUCAUUUUCAGAGUUUAGUAGGGAUGUGGAAAAAAAGCUACAAACAAAAGAGAUUAAACAAGAUUAUCUUUAAAGAUCUGAAGCAACAAAUGGAUCAGAGGUCACUAGAAACAUUUUCAGACAUUGCGUACCAAUGUUUGCAGAAAUCUCGUAAACGACGGCCAAUGAUAUCUCACGUUGUGGAAAAACUUGAGAUUGCACUCCGGUUUCAGGAAAUCGGUGACCAUGUGGAACCAUUAAUGGAUUAUCAAGAGAUAAUUAAGAUUGCGGUGCCUUCUCUUGCCUACAGCUCUACUGAGGAACUAAAGAUGCAUCUCUUCAAAGGAAUCUUAGUUGACAAGGGCACAACGUGGUUUAUAAAUAAGAAUGGAGAACGUUGUGAAAUGAUAUCCGCAACAAAAUGUUUGGAAGCUAUUCGCUAUGCAGCAAAACCACAAACUCCAUUUGACAUCAGUUAUUUCAGGGAUAAUCCCAAAUCUGAAGUAGACUACUAUAUGUCAUCAACUCCAUUGUUUCAUGGAAAGACAUCAAGAAUUUCAAGUAACAUCGGAGGAUUUUUUUAUAUGGAAUUCAAAACACAUGUCAUAGCACAAUUUUUGUCACUACAUACCACAUACACAGUAAACCUUGUCUUCCUUCUGGACCCCAAACUAAAGUAUACGGACUGUGAUGUAAACCUCAAGUACAUAUUGGCUGGGGAGACAAAGCAUUCGACUUCAUAUUUGGCAGAUGAAGUAGGAGAUGGGUGGUUGAUAGCGGAAUUGUAUCAGUUUACUAGCACCACGAGAACUAUUGAACUUGAAAUUACUUUUGAAAGCUCACAUUCAAUUGCAGUAGAUAGCAUCGUGUUUAUGCCCCUAGAGAGAGUGGAAGAUAUAGACACAGAUUGGGAACCAAAUUUGCCACAUUGGAAAGAGAUAAUCAAUGGUGGUGAACAGUGGUUUUCUCUUGCAAAAAAUGGAAAGACGUGCUUUAUGCAAUCAGCAAGAGAGGCUUUGGAUGAAAAAGGUUGGAGCUGGACUUCUUCACCCGAAUCAAGAUUUAAGCAAGUGGCUUUUGAUCCAGUUUUCGACAGCUUUCAAAUAUAUUGCAGACCUAGAAUGCAAUCACUUGGAAAAAAGUAUGCUGCUUACCUUGUUUACAAAUUACAAGAAAACCAUUCUUGGUUUGAACCUCGUGUGCAUGCUUAUCAAAAUACCCACAACCCUUUGAGUAGACCCAAAAUAUUGGAAGGCCUCCCACAGAAGAGGAACGAUGGUUGGAUGGAAGUACAAGUAUGCGAAUUUCAAAAUGGUGAUACCUAUGAACGUUUUGUUGAUGAAAAGUAUGAGCAUGAUCUUCAAUUGACCUUUUAUGAUACCCCUCCAUUUGGAAUGAAAGGGCUUAUUGUGCAAGGCAUUGAGUACAAACCAAUUAUAUAUACUUAG